AUAAACCAACUGAGAUUGCUUUGCAUCAAUCCUAAGUCAGCACCUGAAGAUCUCUAGACAUUGCUCGGAUACGGUCUAUUCCCAAGACCUACAUUCAAGCGGCCAUAACGGGGGGCUGGUAAAAAGAAGCACAAAAUCUACAUCAAAAGGAAGCAGACGGCUUGCCGGCAAUCUCGUAAACGAACUACGAUUUGAGCCUAUUCUGCUGGACCACACGACGUUCCCAUAAUGGCGCUUUCAGAUAUCGCGCAAAUCUCAAUUGUCAUCUCGGUUUUUUUCGUACCUUUGCUUACAUUUCUCUUUUACACUGAACUUCAACGAAAGAAGUCAGCCGGACCUAUCCCUCCACCUACAGAGAUUACAGCUCUCUACAUUCACCCUAUCAAGUCAUGUCAUGGCAUUUCGGUACAGUCAGCGCGUCUGUUGCCUACUGGACUUGAUCUAGAUCGUCAGUGGAUGUGGGUUAGCUAUCCCAGCUAUGAGUUCCUCACUAUCCGCAACUCCGCAAAAAUGACUCUUAUCCGUCCAACAUACACCGAAGAGACGGAUACUCUCACCAUUACCGCACCGGCUCCAAACUCUAUCGAUGAGAAGCUUGAGUUCUCUAUCCCAGCUCAUCCGAAUGCAGCGUGGUUAGCCCAGCAUACGGAAGUCCUAGAGACAAAGAUCUGGAACCAAUGGACGCCAUCGAAUGUAUACUCUACAAAAAUAACCGCUCCCUUUGAUGACUUCUUUGGGGAGGAAGUAAGACUCGUGUACAAAUCGCCUGUUUCAGAUGCGCCCCGCACUCUGCGCUCCAAUGGUGCGAAAGAAGUUCUAGGAAGGGAGGCAUCAACUUGCUUCCCCGACCUUAUGCCUCUUCUUGUGGCCAAUGAAAGCAGCAUGAACGAGCUGAACUCGCGGCUCAAAGCUGCGGAAGACCUGACGAUCGACGUUCGUCGAUUCCGACCCAAUAUCCUUGUCAAAGGCAACGCCGAGAUACCCUGGGACGAAGAUCGCUGGAAAACGCUCAAUAUAACUUCGAAGACUGGGUCAAUAACGUUAGAUGUUACACAGAGGUGCGCUAGGUGCCGGGUUCCAAAUGUGAAUCCUGAGACUGCAGAUGAGCACAAGAAGGAACCCUGGACUACAUUAAUGAAGUAUCGGAGGAUAGAUGAAGGGAUCACGUUUAAGCCUUGCUUUGGAAUGUUAUGUGUCCCGAGGGAGACUGGCGAGCUCAGGGUUGGGAUGAAAUUUGCAAUCACGGAGGUCACUGAUAAGCAUCGUUAUAUUGCUGGAUUCUAGGAGGAUUCACACCAUGUAAUUGGAGAUGCUAUCGUUAUCGGAAGGAUGGGACAGAACAGGGCAACAUAUUUCUGUUUAGUUCAGCAUUAGAAGUUUAUUUCAUAAAGAUACUGC